CCGUCCCUGGAUAUCCACCUGCUACAAGUGCCAGUACAUCGCAGUUGGAUUUGGACGUGUUUCUGGAGUGUUUCUGGGGCAUCAACCAGAGCUGGAAUCGUCGUUUCCACACCGGUCGUGAACUCUGAUCUUUCUCCUCACUCAACGUCGUGGGAACUAUUAGAAGUCUGGCUCGCCACGGAAGCCUCAGCUGGAGUACCUCAAGACUUCAUCUCGAAGCGCCGGGAUUUUUGCGCCGGAGAGCUUGAGCACUGUUCUGUGCGGUUUGAACAGUUCUUAGCAGUUUCGUGAAAGGUAAAUCUGAGAAAGAUUUGCUACAUUGAGGGUUGCGUGGCUGUCCGCAUCCAGCUGCUUCUUUUAUGAAGUCAAAAAAUGCCAUCCACACUCAUGUCUACCUCUGCCUGCCUUGCAAAUAUUAUGAUAUCUGAAUCAGCAUCAGUAAAGAUACGUUCGUUUAUGAAAAGCUAACGUGAUCGUGAAGUGAUAGUGGACGCAUUCUUCUAGGUGUCAAGAUCUGGAUAAAGAUUUUGCCAUUUGUCCACUUUUUCUUCUUUCCUCGAGCUCUCUGGGCAAUCGCGCCCUUGAUCUAUUGCAGUCGCCAAACUGUAUUCGCCGUUGUUUAUACGUGUUUACGCAUCGCAACAUAAUCUCACAGCUACUUAUAAAACCAUUAGAAGGCGCCAGAGCGACCGACUGAGUGGAAAAAAAAUUACCAAGGGAAAGAAAAUGACCGUUCUGGGGACUGCGAAUCGAAAUGAACCUGGUACAUUGUGGAAAGAAAACCUCGCCGCUCACUUGAUUUGCCCCGAGUGCAGGGAAACUCCUCCCAAUCUCGUAACCCCAGAUUCCCACGAGACCAUUUGUGGGAGCUGCGGCCUCGUAUUGGCAGAUAGAGAGAUUGAUCAGCACUCAGAAUGGCGUACGUUCUCGAAUGAUGACCAAAAUAACGAUGAUCCUUCCCGUGUUGGAGAUGCAGCGAAUCCGCUGCUGAAUGGCAACCAGCUUGAGACCCAAAUCUCAUAUGGUGCUGGAGGAUCUCGAAGCCGCGAGUUGCACCGGGCUCAAAAUAAAAUGUCCAGUGAGAAGACCAACAAGGCUUUGCUGGCGGCCUAUAAGGAAAUAGGUGCACUUUGUGAUGGAUUUAAUAUCCCUAAAAAUGUGGCGGACACUGCCAAAUAUCUGUUUAAGAUAGUGGACGAUGCAAAGGCAUUCAAAGGCAAGUCACAGGAUGUGAUCAUCGCGGGGUGCAUAUUCAUUGCUUGUCGGCAGUGCAAAGUUCCUCGAACUUUCACUGAGAUAUUUGCCGUGACACGCGUUACCAAAAAGGAAAUCGGGCGGAUCUACAAAGCUCUUGAGAAAUUUUUCACUGCUCAAAACUUGGAGCGAAUCAAUUCCGUAGUCUCGAGUGGUGGUGUUCCGGACCCCAAUGAGACGUAUACAGCCACAACAUCAACAAAACCCAGCGAUCUCUGCAACCGGUUUUGCAAUCUUCUCGAUCUUCCAUUCCAAGUCACCAACGUGUCGUCUGCGUUGGCUGACCGGGUUACAUCCACCGGUGAGCUUGCCGGUCGCUCUCCACUCUCGAUUGUGGCCGCUUCCAUCUACAUGGCGUCCUUCCUGAUGGGACAGGGAAAAACUGCCAAAGAGAUCUCUAGCGUUGCUCAUGUCAGCGACGGGACAAUCCGGGGAGCUUACAAGCAACUCUACGCUGAGAGAGAACGGCUGGUCGACCCGGCUUGGAUCAAGGAUGGCAAGGGUGACUUAAGAAAUCUCCCUCCCAGCUAG